ACCAAGGGAACAAGGUAAACCGAGAUUGCCAUGAUCACAAUCCUGGUGCUAGACGGGUCUCAUUUUUGAGGGAAGGAGCCUGAAGCCUGAGUAAAGGAUCAAAGGGAUCUGUUAGGGACAGGGGGAGUUUGUGCCAGAGCUGGAUUCGAGUCCAGACACCUUCCACUAGUCAGUGAAGGGGGAUGUGUGUUGGGACUUGUGUGCAAGGGCAUGAAUGGGAACCCUUCCACAGUUACUAAUCAUGCCCCAUCCAGAGCUAUAGCACUCAAACUACAGCUACAGUUGCUCACAUCUGUCACAUCACUGUAUUCCUGCUGUCCUGCCCAGUACAGCAUUAUGCCUGGGGGAAGAUGGGCCUUUCCAGCGAAGUGGCCCAGCUGUUGGCGUGCAAUGACCCGCUGGUCGUAAUCCAAGAGGACAAGCCCUAUGCAGAGAUGUGGAUGGGGACCCACCCCCGCGGGGACGCUUUGAUUGCUGACAGCUCCAUCAUCGAGAAGACCCUGGGCCAGUGGAUCAGCCAGAACGUAAGCAGUUUGGGAACCAAGGUCAAGGAAGACUACCGAGAUCUGCCUUUCCUCUUCAAAGUGCUGUCAGUCAACACGGCUCUUUCCAUCCAGGCACAUCCCAAUAAGCAACUGGCAAAGAAGCUUCAUUCCCAGGCGCCUGAGCACUACCCAGAUGGGAACCACAAGCCAGAGAUGGCCAUCGCCCUUACCCCUUUCCAGGCCUUAUGCGGCUUCCGGCCUGUCCAGGAGAUUGUGGACUUUCUUCAGAAGGUGCCAGAGCUCCAGUUUUUGAUUGGCAGUGAGGCAGUGGAACAGCUGAAACAGAGCACGGGCCAGGACCCCAAGGCUUCCUCCUCUGCCCUUCAGGUCUGCUUCACCAAAAUGAUGAAGAGUGACAAGGCCGCCUUUCAGAAACAGCUCAAUCUCUUGGUGAAGCGCGUCUCUCAGGAAGUGGCAGAAGGCAAAGAUGUGACACAGAGUCUGGGGGACCUCCUCCUGAAGCUUCAUGAACAGUAUCCUGGAGACAUCGGCUGCUUUGUCAUCUACUUCCUCAACUUGGUGAAGCUAGAGCCAGGGGAGGCCAUCUUCCUGGGAGCCAAUGUGCCCCACGCCUAUUUGAGUGGAGAUUGUGUGGAAUGUAUGGCAUGCUCAGACAACACAGUUCGGGCUGGCCUGACUCCCAAGUUCAUUGAUGUGGAGACCCUAUGUGACAUGCUUGACUACACUUCAGCCCCAAGCAGUGCUAAACUCUUCCCUUCGGUGCCUGAUGUCAUGGACUCCUGUGUUUCCAUCUACAACCCACCUGUACCUGAAUUUGUGGUUCUAAAGAUCUUGGUACCUUCUACCAGUCAUUUCUACUCGAUUACCACAUUGGAGUCAGCCAGCAUCCUUCUGGUGGUGAAGGGAAGAGCAGUGAGUCAGUCAUCAGACACCAAUCAGGAGCUCACCCUGAAGCGUGGCACCGUAGUCUUCAUGGCAGCUAACGUGCUUCUCUCCAUAGAACUCAAGUCAGAGGAGGACCUGCUGAUGUUCCGAGCCUGCUGUCAGCUCUAGCCAUUCUCUUCUUGCCUGCCAGUCUCACCACUCUUAGCUCUGUGGUUUCCAGUCAGCCCCUGUUGUGUGUCUGAGCAGCUGCAAGAAAGCAGGCAGAAGUAUCCCAGUGUUCCUUAACCUUGCUUCAGAGUCCUCUGGUCCAUCUGGAGGAGCUGGGGAAGGGACCUGUUCUACGUGGGUGGGCAACAAUCUGCCCAACAGUGGAAGAGGGAUGCACAGCUAUGCUUAAAGCAUGUUCCCCAGACUUGCUAUACUGGGGGAGAUGCUGGCCCUCUGCCUUCCCACUUUAAGGUUCCAGGUUUUAAUGCCGGUCUCUCUGUUACCAACCCCAGCAGGAGUCUGGGACAUAAUGUGGCAUAGGGUACCUCUGUUGGAGAGACUGCUAGAAACCUUCCUCUAAUUUGCCUCAGUCUCUUCUUCUGUAGAGAGGUGGGCUCCUAGCCAUCUGGUUUGCAGUCAGGGCCAUCAGCAGACCAUUGAGGUGGGUAUGUAGAGUUUCUCCACCACUGGACAUGAUGCUGUAGCCCUCUGGAGAAGGACAAUUGGCUCAGUGCAGACUCGGUUGCAGUGCUGUAUGUAAUACUUACCUGUCUCCCUCCAACGCUUGCUAGAGUGCUCUGCUCCUGACAGGCUCCCAACAAGCAUUUGUUGAGUUGACACACUA